GCGACGAGGUCGACGUCGCGAGGCAGGGUCUGGACGGCAGUUUCUUCGAAAAGCAAGCGGCCGCAGAGAUCUCGAGGAACUCUUCGGACACUGCCUCAGAUGCAGGUGCUUACCGCUAUGACGGAGGCAAGCGAGACCUGUACAACGAGCUCAUGGUAAAGUUCGAACGACUCCGGCCGCAGAUCGCGGACACUGCAGCGGACCUUGCAGUGAACAUGCUCGCCGUCCACUUCCUGCACAUCGACCUCAGCAGGUCUUCCGAUUUCCAGCUCAGUUGUACUGUGGCGGCCAGGGAGUCUUUGAAGGGGCGCUUGAAACAACGUGCUGGAGAGAACAUGACGCCAAGCGAGGUUGUCAGGCACCUCCAGGAAGGUGCCUGCAUCCGCUUGCUCAUGAGUCAAAGCUUGAGGAACUCUUCGCAAACUGGCUCAGAUGAAGGCAUCCGUGUUCUUCAGCAGGCCUUCCGAUUUCCAGCUCAUUUGUACUGCGGCCACGAAGUGGGUGGGGAUGCAUGCUGUUUUGAGCACAUCGUGCAGAAAAUACCGCCAGAAGCAUGGUACGAGCAGUGCCGACGUCUCGAGGAGACUUUGAAGGGACGCUUGAAACAACCUGCUGGAAAGAACAUGACGCCAAGCGAGGUUAUCCGGCACCUCCAGGAAGGCACGGAUGGAUCUCGCCGCUUCACCGAAGAAAUCACAUGGUUGCGACAACACCUCGACCAAGCUUGCCACUCAGCUAAGUUCAGCAACCUGGCGAGUCACUGA